AUGAAUAUUAACAGCAACAGUAAACCAACACUAUAAGAAUAUUUGGAUAAAUUAAAGCAAAUUUAGGAUGCCAAUAAUCGUAGAAUAAGUUAGGCUAAAUCUUAAUCUAAUACUUCAAAAAUAAUGAGUCCCAAACCAGUCUCAUAAUUAAAAUAGUAGAUAAAAUCUUCAACUGAUCGUUCUCAUUCUUAAAACAAACUAUUGCCUUUUUUUUAAAACAGGAAAAUAUCAGGUUCAAAAAGAUAAACAAGUCAAGCAGAUGAACCAAAUAUUCCUAUUUCAAGUUAAGGUAUAAUAAAAACUGUAGAAGCAGUAUCUCCUAGAACAACAGAAUUAUAAGAUAUUAAAAAAUAAUUAAACUAAUGGUUUAUAAAGGAAAGCAAAAACAAUAAUACUGGAGGAUGUCUUUAACUGUUAGAACCAACGCUAGUUCAUAACAUUCGUAAAUAAUUAAUUAAAUUUAGUUAAGUUACCUCCAAGACAAAAAAUUAAUCCAGAACUUAGAGCGUCAUUAUCAUCAAAAGAUAUAUCAGAUAAUACAGCUUUACAUUAUUCAUCAAAAAAUGGAAAUGCUUAAUUGACUUCUGCCUUAAUAUUUAAAUAGAUUUCUAUUGAUUUGCCUAAUAAAGAUAGUAUGACUCCUCUUCUCUUAGCUGCCAUUCAGUAAUAUAUUCAACUUAUUUAGUGGCCAAGAAGAAGUUUUUAUGAUUCUUAUGAAUGCUGGAGCAGAUAUUAAUUAUUAAGAUUCUUUAGGUAAUACAUCUUUACAUUAUGCCUGUAAAAAUAAUUAUAAAUCUAUUGUACAAAUACUUUUGAAAAGAUAAUCUAUCUAAUUUAAAUUAAAUAAAGAAAAUAAAACACCUGAUUUUUAUGCUGUUAAAGAAGAAAUUUAAAAUUUAUUUAAAAAUUAUAAUGAAGAUUUCAAAAAAAUAUGUAAGCCAAUAAAUUAAUUAUUUUAGAAUAAAGAAUGAAUAUGAUUUAAAUUUAAAAUACAUAAAAUGAUGUUAUAUUGAAAAUGUUUCAGUAUAAAAGAGGUGAAUUAAAUUCUCAAUAACAGUAAUAAUAAUAACAAUCAAAUUAAUUCUCUAUUCAAACUCCAACUUAAUUAACAAGUUAUUCUUGCAAAAACUUAACUUAUGUAAAUAAACAAUCAUCUUCUCCAAAUAAUCGAACUUAAUAAGAUAUUAAAUAAGAAAGAUUUAAUAAAAUUAAUUCAACUCAUUCAUCUAAAUAACAACUAACAACAACGGUUUCUACUAAUUCAGAUUCAAUUAAAAAUAAAGAAGAAGAAAAAAUUGGUCCUUAAUAAUUUUAAGUUAUUGGAUUAAUAGGCAAAGGUAGCUUUGGAGAAGUUUAUUUAGUUUAAAAAAAUAAUUAAUUGUAUGCAAUGAAAGUACUUCAUAAAAAUAGAAUUAUGAGUAAAAUUUUUAUUUUAUUAUAUUAGAAUAAAACUUAACCAGAUAUGCAUUAACUGAAAGAAAUGUCUUAUCUAUUAUAUCUCAUCCAUUUGUAGUGAAACUUAGAUAUGCAUUCUAAACAUAAGAUAAACUUUUCAUGAUUUUAGAUUAUUGUCCAGGUGGUGAUUUAGGAGAGGUUUUAUAAAAAUAGAAGAGACUUCCAGAAAAUGUUGUUAAAAAUUAUUUAUGUGAAAUUAUUCUUGCUUUGGAAGAUUUACAUAAAAGAGAUAUUAUAUUUAGAGAUUUAAAACCAGAUAAUAUAGUAUUAGAUAGUGAAGGUCAUGCUUUAUUAACCGACUUUGGAUUAUCAAAAGAAGGUAUUUUAGAACCAAGUACAGGGGCUAGAUCAUUUUGCGGAUCAGUUGCUUAUCUUGCACCAGAAAUGCUUAAAAGAAGUGGACAUGGAAAAGCUGUGGAUUGGUAUUUGUUAGGUGUUGUAAUGUACGAACUUUUAGUUGGAUUACCACCUUAUUAUGCGAAUAAUAGAGAAGAAUUAUUUAAUAAUAUUGAAAAUGCAUAAUUAAAAAUACCUUCUUAUAUUUCACUUGAAGCCAGAAAUCUACUUAAAGCAGUAAAAAAUUAACUAAAAUCUAGUUAUUGCAAAGAAAUCCUGCUAAAAGACUAGGAUCAGGAAAAGGAAAUUCUGAAGAAAUUAAAGCCCAUUAAUACUUUUUAAAUGUAGAUUGGGAAUCUGUUUACAAUAGAGAACUUCCAUUACCAAAACCAAAUAGAAAAAUUAGAAUAAAUACACAUAUAGAUGGCAAUGUAUUUGAUAUGCAAAGUAUUGUUGAUGAAUCCAAAGCUCAUUUGGGAGGAUGGACCUUUGUUAAUAAUGAUGAGUUAUGA